GUAAACGGUGAACAAAACUGCAGUGCUUCAUUUUUGUUUUCUUCAUAUUAAGGCCAGAUGCGUUGAUGUGAUGUAGCUAGCAAUUCACUUUGUUGUAUAUACAAUAAAUGGUUUUAUCAUCAUACUUGUUAGUUCGUACCCGGGAAGCAUUAGUAGUUUUUUUUUUUUUUUUUGGAGCAUGUCUAAUUGGUUUCUUUGUUAAAUUUCUGCAGUGGCUUCUUACCAAAGUACCAAAGAUGGAGCUGAAUAGUAUUAGAGAUGCAUUUGACCGUGUAUCUAAGAAACAGAAGUUAUCUACUUCUAAGUUCCAAGAAGUCAUUGAUCAGGUAGGGCUUGAAAUUGAACAGGCUUUGGCGAAAAUUCAGUCAGCUCAUGACUCAGCUCCUGGAGACCAGAAAUCUAUACUCACAGAUCUUAAGUUUAAACUUAAUGCUAUUGGGGCGCUUCAACAGCUAGAAGGACCACAGAAAGAAUUGAAUAUAAGUCUUACCAAGUACCAAAAACUUCUGGAGAAAUCCUUAAAUCCUGAUGUAUCCAAGGCAUACAGAAAUGUUGACUUUGACUUUCACAUUGUGAAUCAGAUUAUUGCAAACCAUUUUUACCGUCAAGGGCAAUUUGACCUUGGAGAUAGCAUCAUGAAUGAAGCUGGGGAACCAAAUUUAAAUUCACUAAGAUCUCAAUUCCUGGAAAUGCAUCAGAUUCUUGAAGCUAUGAGAGUUAAGAACCUCCAACCUGCUCUCACAUGGAUCUCUGCCAACCGAGCUAAACUUAUCCAGAGUGUUUCCAAUCUCGAGCUUAAGCUUCAUACGCUGCAGUUUGUAGAGGUCCUGCAAAAUGGAACUCAAGCCGAUGCCUUAAAAUAUGCCCGAACUUAUCUUGCUCCUUUUGCUUCCCUCCACAAGGAUGAGUUCCAAAAGCUUAUGGGUUGCCUCUUGUAUGCAGGAAGGCUUGACAACUCCCCUUAUUCUGAGUUGAUGUCCCAAAUCCAUUGGGAGAGGACUACCGAAGAGCUGACACGGCAGUUCUGCAUUCUCCUGGGACAAUCCUACGAGAGCCCAUUGAGUGUGGCAGUUGCCGCCGGAGUUGAAGGGUUGCCUACACUCUUGAAGCUGGCAAAUGUAAUGGCAGCAAAGAAGCAAGAGUGGCAGGCAAUGAAACAGCUGCCAGUGCCCGUAGAACUGGGAAAGGAAUUUCAGUUUCAUUCUAUUUUUGUCUGCCCAGUGAGUAGGGAUCAAGCAAGUGAAGAGAAUCCUCCAAUGCUGCUUCCAUGUUUGCAUGUUCUUUGCAAGCAAUCAAUCAUGAAGUUGUCGAAAAGCAGCACCCGACCCUUCAAGUGUCCUUACUGUCCAGCAGAAGCUGUAUCUUCACAGUGCAAGCAGCUCCAUUUCUGAUUUGUGUUUAUCAACAGACUCAUAAAUUUGGUGUGUGCAGUGAAUUUUUAGCAUUCAAAUCCUGCUGGUUUGUAUAUAAAAGUUCUUUCUAGAUUCGCUGUUACAUUUUACAAGACCAAUGGAGUAAAUAAAUAUCCAAAAAAGCUGUUCAUAACCUGGUGCUAUCAUAUCUGUUUUCUGGGUAGAUCAACUUGUAACUAUUAACUAAGCAUUCAAGUACCUGCUUCUACAUUGAGAACUCGUAUGAUUGCUCUUGAACUUCUCUUUAUUAUAAUGAUUAUUUUCUA